AUGCCGGGGCUGGCGGUCGAGGAGGGGAUGGAGGGCUGGAGCCCGGCCCCGCCGCUCUACGAGGAGUACCGCCCGCCGCCCCUGGAUGCCAUCCGCCUGCCCAGGUAUGUGCUGUACCUGCUGCUCGCGGCAUUCCUGGUGGUGGCCGUGGCCUACGCCAUUGUGGGGCAUCUCAUCAAGGACCUCGCCCACGACCUGGCAGACUGGGCCUUUGGCCCGAAGCCAGACCAGGAGGACGCCCCCCAGGAGCUGCGCCCGAGCCUGGAGGGGGAGGAUCUGGAGGAGCUCGAUCUGCAGCUGGCCCUGGCCUGGCGGGGCGACGAGGACCCUGGCGGAGGCACCGACGCAGCCCCCGCAGAAGCCUCCGCGCCUCCCCGCCGCCCUUCGAUUGCCUUCAAGGACCCCCCUGGCCGAAGCUCCUUCUGGAGGCUGAACUGA